AUGAGAGUCAUCAUCACUGGCGCCACCGGCUUGGUUGGUAGUGCAGUAGUGCGCCAAUGCAUUGUCAAUCAAGCGAUUACAGAGGCCCUGAUUCUGACGCGAAAACCAUUACCAAGGGACAUCUCUAACAACGCCAAAAUCGCCGUAAUUAUUCACGAAGAUUUCGGAAGCUAUCCGCCAGAGCUUUUAACACGGCUCAGCGGUGCAGAGGGCUGUAUAUGGACAGUCGGAGGGCCCGCUUAUCGUUUCCCUGACGUGGAAACCUGCAAAAAAGUGCACGACUUCGCACUUAUUGCUGCGAACGCUUUUGCGAACACCUUAGCCCCAGCGCUGAAAGGAAAGAAGUUCAAGUUUGUCUUCUGUAGCGGGAUGGGGGCGGAAUGGGAUCAGACGAAGCCUUUGUGGUUCCUGAAGGAUACCAGACGAAUUAAGGGUUACGUCGAGAAGCAGUUGGCUGCCGUUUCGGAUAGUAAAAAGGAUGUAUUUGCGGUCUCUUGCGUUCGACCAAGCGCGAUCUUAUCUUCUAGAGCAAAUAUAUUAGAGAAGAUAUACAGAGCAAUGGUUGCCGGUAUUGAAGACGACCAUCUCGCCAGGGUUAUGAUCAAGAUCCUCCUCGAAGAAAGUUCUGGUCGAAUUAUCGAAAACGACGAGCUACGGAGGGGCUGA